GACAACCCCGCCCUCAGUGAAGCGGACAAAGCGCGCCACAUUGCCUUCCAGACGCAGCUGGCUGCCCAGCGGGCCGCGGCCGCCGCGACCGGCAAGCCGGUGGCGGUGCCGUGGCUGCAAUCCAAGUACGGCCCCGGCGGGCCAGGGCAGCAGCAGCAGCAGCAGCAAGCGGCGGGGGCCGCGGGCGACGGCACUGGCGCGGGUGCCGGCGGGGCGGGCGGGGACGGCAAGGGCGGCGUGGUCUUGGUCAAUGGGGUUGUCAAACCGGAGUUCGGUCUGGAUGGUGCGCCGCUGGUCAAGCCGGAGCUUGGGGCGGUGGAAGUGGGAGGGGCGGCGGGCGCCGGCGGGGGGGGCGCGCCGCCCGCGAAGCGGCAGCGGGUGGAGGCGGCGGUGGAGGAGCCGCCGCCGGCGGCGCCGCGCGACCUGGAUCUGGAUGUUGGGACGCUGGAGGACUUGACGGCGGGCGCGGCGGAGGAGGACGAGGAGGAGGAGUGGGAGGACGUGUGA